UGCGCUAACGUCAGCGCAUCAUAGGCUGUGCUGCUGUAUCAGUUCUGGCUCGUAAUAAAGAGCAUAUUAAUCGACACAUCCGUCAUCCGUCUGUGUUUUCUUAAAGAUGGCCUGUCAGGGACUAGCGAAGGGGGAAACCAUCAACACGCUGAAAGCGGAGUCUGAGUCUUUGAAAGCCAAGCUAGAAGAGGAAAGAGCUAAACUACACGACGUCGAGCUGCAUCAAGUGGCAGAGAAGAUAGAGGCUCUGGGACAAUUUGUCAUGAAGACAAGGAGAACCCUAAAAGGACAUGGAAAUAAAGUGCUGUGCAUGGACUGGUGCCGCGACAAAAGAAGAAUCGUCAGCUCCUCUCAGGAUGGAAAAGUCAUCGUGUGGGACGCAUAUACAACCAAUAAGGAGCAUGCGGUCACUAUGCCCUGCACCUGGGUCAUGGCUUGUGCUUAUGCCCCUUCUGGCUGCGCUGUGGCUUGUGGUGGUUUGGAUAAUAAAUGCUCCGUCUAUCCACUUUCUUUGGAUAAAAAUGAGAACCUGGCAGCUAAGAAGAAAUCUGUGGCCAUGCACACCAACUAUCUGUCUUCCUGCAGCUUCACCAACUCUGACAUGCAGAUUCUGACAUCAAGCGGUGAUGGGACAUGUGCCUUAUGGGAUGUUGAGAGUGGGCAGCUGCUGCAGAGUUUCCAUGGUCACUCAGCUGAUGUUCUUUCAUUAAACCUCGCGCCCUCUGAAACAGGAAACACCUUUGUAUCAGGGGGCUGCGAUAAGAAGGCCAAUGUGUGGGACAUGCGCUCGGGACAGAAUGUUCAGUCCUUUGAAACGCAUGAGUCUGACAUCAACAGUGUGAAGUAUUACCCUAGCGGAGAUGCGUUUGCAACUGGAUCUGAUGAUGCUACGUGUCGUCUGUACGAUCUGCGAGCUGACCGUGAGGUUGCCAUCUACUCUAAAGAAAGCAUCAUAUUUGGAGCCUCUAGUGUGGACUUUUCCCUCAGUGGCCGAUUGCUCUUUGCAGGAUAUAAUGACUACACCAUUAACGUAUGGGAUGUCCUGAAAGGUACCAGAGUGGCAAUUCUCUUUGGCCACGAAAAUCGGGUCAGCACCGUCAGAGUGUCCCCUGAUGGGACAGCGUUCUGCUCAGGAUCAUGGGACAACACUUUGCGGAUCUGGGCUUGAAGAGUUAUUCUGCACCGGUGUGAGAAGAUCUGUACUUUUGCUUGUCAAAAUCACAGCACACAGUGGGGCUGAUCUAUAGAAAUACAGAUUUUCUUUUGUUAUUUUAUCACAAUUAAAUGUCUCUUUUCCAUGGCUUCUCACCAAAAAAUAUAUAAUAGUAAUAAUAUAUAAAAUACACUAUUUGAAAAGGAUUGCCGUUCAAUAAUUAGUUUGUAAAAUAUUUUUUUAAAUUAAAAACAGAAUGUUUUAAUAUAAUUAUCUAUACUUUUGUAGGUAUAUUUUAUGGUAAUGAUUUAAAGAGAAUUGAUUUCAGUAGGCCUACUUGUACAUUUGGUCUAGAUCAGAUCUGUAUCUAGAAAUCUAAAAAUUACUGUCAUGAAUGAGUUUUGCUUGCACUAGAAUUAAAAAAUAUAUAUAGAUAAGUGUUUAAAGUGCGUGCGUUUUCAUAUCAAGUGUAAUAUAAUCAACAUUUAUUAAUCAGUGUUUGUCCACAUCAGUAUUAGCAGUGUCCUGAAAAUAUACGCUAUAUGUUAUGUUUACUAUUGCUUGGUGUUUAUAAGUGUGAAAUAUUGCCACUGUAUUCAGGAGGAUUAAAAAUAUUUUCCUGUU